GUGUCGUUCACACCGCGGCCUCGCGCGCCUCGUCUCGUUAAUCACUCGUGUUCCCUAUUGUUGCAGUGCGUCGUACAGCCAUCUUUGUCAAAUUAUGGCCGAUUAAUUUUUGAUAAAUAACUAAGUAGUGAUAUCAAAUAAAUCGAAAUAUUAAGAAUGACAAUACUGUUUAAACCAAUGCAACGCGUUAGAGGAUCGAACAUACUACAACAUUCUCUUUUGUUUUAUCGCCAACAACGCUUUGUUGAAUGGAAGCGUAACAACGUUACGGAGUUAAACGAUCUGUCGACCAAUUAAAUGAUGGAUGAUGUCGUUUUUGCAAGGACUGUGUAAUGUGAUCUAAUUAUUAAAUAAUGUAAUCAGUGAUUUUAGUGUUUGUGUUUUGGUGAUUUUGUGAUCAGAACUGCGUUUUAGUAAUAUUUGUCGUACACAUUGCAUAUAUAAGUGGAAUGGCGUUGCGGAUCGCGCGGGCCGGAGCAUGCGCGCCAGUUUUCUUACGACUACUGGGAACGCACUGAUAUGUCCUUCGUUUAUGUUCAUAUCAAAAUGGGAAGGUCCAGGUUCCCAGGGAAACCACUCAAAUUCCAUAAUAGAAAACGAAUAAGUGUUUUGUCGGGUACUGUUUACCACGAAAAUGGUGCAAACAACCACGGUUCAACCAGCCGUAGCUCGACAUCCAAUGACUUUUCUGGAGAUAAAGAGGAAGAAGAAAAGAAAGAAAACAGUAAUGAUAAAGAAGAUUCUGAAAGCAAUGAAAAUUUAAAAAAUUGUGAAAAUUCUAGUGAAGAAAAUCAAGAAUCACAUAGUGACCCAAGCACAUCUCCAGUCCGCACUAGGUCACAAAAUAAAAUGGAUCCCCCAAAGGGUGAAAAAACUAAACCAGUGAAAAAAACAGUGACAUUUGGUACAGUUGAGAGCUGUGAAGAUAUUUUAUUACCUUUGAAGAAAGUUCCAAUAAAACAUCAUGCUCCUCUUGUAUCAAUUAUCAAAAAGAAAUCUGCUAUUAAAUACUCAGAUCAUUCAACUUUUAACAGCAUAUUGAAACCUGCAAAGUUGACAGACUUAUGCUCAAAAUCAUCAACAGAACAUCAAGAAGGUUACUUAAAGAAAAAUUUAAAUCCACUUUCAAAAUCCAUAAAUAAGUUUUCCCAACUGAAUGAGGGCAGAUGCAUUUCUCCACCUCCAAGAAUUAAUUCGCCGGUGGAAAGAGAAAGUGGGGGAGCAGCUAAGUUUGUCUUACCAGUGAGAAGUAGUCAUUCCUCUAGAGUGAUUAAGCCAAACAAAAAAUUUAUGGAUGGAGAAGAACAAACAUCUUCAAUACUUACAAGCGUAAGUUCCAGUAAAGUUCUCAAAAAACCUAAACUGAAGAAAAUUGUUUUUAACAGUUUGCAUAAUAAUGAUAAUUCUGAACAUGAUGAAAAUUCAGAGAAAAGUGAAAAUAAAGAGAAACAAUCAUUAUCAAGUCUUUUUACAGACAAAUCCUCAAAUUGUUUCACUGGUCUAAAUCCCAAAAAAGUGUCCAAUGAUGUCUUUUCAUUUGAAAAGGAGUCUCAAUACUCCCAAGAUGAAAAUUCCAAUAUUGAUGACAAGUUAAAAUCUGAUACAGCUAAAGCAGAGAGGUCAAGUCAUUCUAUGAGGAAACUAAUGGAUGUAUCAGAUGUUAGUUCAUCAAGCGGUACAAGUAGUGGUUCAGAGUCUGAAGAGAGUUGGGAGAGCGGAAGUUCAAAGCACAGUGGAGAUGAAGAAGAAAAGUUAGCACCACCAAGUCCUGAGAAAGAUAAGUCAGCUGCUUCUCAACUACUUAGUGGAAAAGUGAUCAUAAGAGAAGCAAGAUUGCAGUUAGCAACCACUCCACCUUCUUCAGGAUUGGAUGGGCCAUUUUCUGCUCUCUCUGGAGCAUCAUCAACCAAUCAAACCACCACAGUAACCUGUGGUGUAUGUGGUGCAGUGAGAUUUUACAAAUUCGUGAAGCAAGCUAGAAAAUUUGGAAUUUAUUCCUGUGAAUCUUGUCGCAAAUUUGUAACAAAACUGCUUAAAAAAGACAGAACAUCAUUGAGAACAUCUCCAGUUGUUCUACAUUGCAUAAGGGGUGAAGGUAGUUGUCAAGUCCCACCUGUUGUACGUUCUCAGCAAUGGAAGCUAUUCAAAUGCUCCAACAAAGCCAGGUGUCCGGCGUGUUGGUUGAAGCUGUGUUUAAAAGCAUUCCAAGUGCCAUCAGACAAGAGAGCUACAUUAAUGUCAAUGUUACCUCCAUACAUGAAAUCAGUCGCCAAAACAAGUGGCCCACAGCCUCAAACAAAGAUGGGUUCGGCGAAUCCUUUACUCCCAGCCUCACAAGCCGUGUUCAGUACUUUGCCUGCAGCUGAUGGAGAUUCUAAAGUAUUCUCAGUAAAGAAUUCAAAGAAAAACGAAAUUUGUGAGGAGGAAGUUUCGAAACCACUCUCAGAUAAAAAUGGUGAUAAAGACCUAGAUGUGAGUGAAAAUCGUAAACGUCGACUGUCAAAGGUCAAAGUGCGUAAGAAAGAUAAGGCUGACCCCAAAAAUACUGACGAUAAGCAAGAAGAUCCGAAACGACAGAAAAUUGAACUUAAAGGGCCCAGAGUUAAACAUGUGUGCAGAAGUGCAUCAAUUGUGCUGGGACAACCGAUCGCUACAUUCCCUAAUCAAGAAGAAAAGGACAAACCAGACAAAUGUACUCACGCUGACGAUGAUGGCAUAUCCAUGUCUGUCUCAGAAAAGGAUAGAUUAACACCUGAUUUGUCAAGCUGUGACUCUGAAGUUGAUACUGAAAAUAAGCCAUUACAGAUUGUUCUAGAAGCAACAUCAAAGGAUAGUGAUCAGGAGGUACUCACAGAGCCUAAAAAGAGGAAGAUUGAUGCCCAGAUUGCUGCAAAACCGAAACUGGAGUCUAGUGAGGAUGAAAUUGUACUUGAUCUGGUACCGAAGAAAGCAACAUUGAAACCACUCACAAAUAUUACAAAUAUUCGUGGCCGCACUCAAAAGUUUGGUCAAAACCGACCAGAGUUGAUUUGUGUAGACUUUUGGGAAAGCUAUGACCCCGACGAAGUUUGUAAUUCAGGAUUUGGACUCAUUGGAACUGUUCCUUUCACCGUGGCAAAACUUUGUUUCCUGUGUGGAAGUGCAGGAAAGGAAAAGAUGCUGGUGUGCUCAAGUUGCUGCGAGUGGUACCACAGCUGGUGUGCAGAGGACUCUGGGAGUGGAGUCGGGUGGACAUGUUCUAGAUGUGUCUGGUGUUCUGCGUGUGCCAAGCCGGCUGCGAGGGUGCGGUGCCGAUCUUGUGCCAAGCACUACCAUGCGGCUUGCUUACCUGCGCGCCCGCACGACCAUCGCAGUGACUGGCCACAGAUCUGCAGUGCAUGCCUCAAAUGUAAAAGCUGUGACAGUAGCCGUGUCAACAAGUUUGUGGGAAGCUUGCCGUUCUGCAGGCCGUGUUUCAAAUUGAGACAAAAAGGCAAUUACUGUCCUCUUUGUCAAGCAUGCUACAGAGAUAAUGACUUUGAUAGCAAGAUGAUGGAAUGUGGCUGGUGUGCAAGGUGGGUUCAUGCAAGUUGUGAAGGAUUAUCUGGUGAGGCCUAUCAACUCCUUUCAGCUCUUCCGCCCUCAAUUGAGUAUAUAUGCUGCAAAUGUAUGCCAUGUAAUCCACCUUGGAGAAAAAUGCUCACUGAACAUCUGAAAGGGAGGUUACUACACCUCCUCAAGCUUCUUGCUAAAAAUAAGAAAGCUUGUGCCUUACUUAAACUGACACCUCACAAGAACACACCAGUUCCAAAUAAACCCUUCCGACUGACCUCUCCACAAGCCAUCAGGAAGUUACAUUUUGAUAACUCCGAUCAUGCUAUGAAAAAUACUACAGAGACAAAGGUGUAUCGUAAUACAGCAAAAGGACGCAAGAACAACAGUGCUCUUCAAAUCACAAAUGAGUCAACACCAUUAUGGCAAUGUGCUCCUUUGUUAAAUAAUGUUGAAAUCCAAAAGGAAGACAUUCCUCUCACAUCACAUAAAGUUGUGAACCUCCAGGAACCACUAAUGCAAAAUAAGGAAAUAUGCUUUUCAACUGGAUUAUACAGUACCAAAUCUGAUAUUGGAACCCCGUGUGUUGAAGUCCAUGAAAAUAACCCACAGCAUAGUAAAAUCGAAAAAGCCGUCACAAUGCUACCUUCUUUACAUGUAGAUAAAUAUGAACCCAUAUCUGAUGAUGAUGAGCCUGACAAAUGUUUUCCACAAGCAAGAAGUGAACAAGACCUAAGUCCCGCAAUAGUGAGGCAAACUGAAUGUAAUGAAGGUUUUGAUGAUAGUAUUAUGGAAGAUCUAAGUCGACUUAUAUCACUACUAGAUAUUAAAAAGAGAGUAAAUAGUGAUGAAUAUAAAUCACUCAAAGACUUCAAUCACGAUAUGAAAGAUGUUAUAGAAAGGACAGCAAGUGUUGAUCUAAAAGCUAUUUACAAAGAUUUAUUUUCUGAAACAUUCCCCUGGUUCAAUUGUGAAAGUAAUUGCCUACAGCCCAAUUUAGAAGUUGAAGGUGAGCAAGAAGACAGUGAAUCAUUAAAAGAUGUUGAAAUGUCCAAUCCUAAAGGAUUGAAAACGACUGAGCAGUCCAUUAAACAUACUAAUGAUCACAUGGUGCCAAAGUUGGAAGAUCAAGUAGUGAAUGAAGAAGAUCUUUUGGAAUUUUACCAGACAGUUGAUGCUCGAGUUUGCGUUCUUUGUAAAUCUGUAAGUGACAAAUCUCCUUCGAUGGAAGGCCGCUUACUUUAUUGUGGGCAAAAUGACUGGAUUCAUGCUAACUGUGCCUUAUGGUCAGCAGAAGUAUUUGAGGAGAUAGAUGGAUCACUUCAAAAUGUCCAUUCAGCUAUUUCUAGGGGGAAAAUGAUAAAAUGUGCUGUAUGUGAACUAAAGGGUGCCAGUGUAGGUUGCUGCGCUAAAAACUGCAGUGAAACUUACCACUAUGCUUGCGCCAGAAAAGGAAAUUGUGCGUUUCUGGAUGACAAAAGAGUUUUUUGUCCAACUCAUGGAAUAGAUGUGCCAGUAAAGAGUUUGCAAAAAGAUGGCGAUUUUGAGCUGACAAGGCCAGUAUAUGUGGAACUAGACAAAAAGAAGAAAAGAUACAGUGAGAUCAGUAAAGUACAGUUUAUAAUGGGAUCACUAACUGUCAAUAGUUUGGGCAAGAUUGUUCCAUCAGUGUCUGAUUUUGAGGAGUAUUUAAUGCCAGUUGAUUUCUCUUGCACUCGAUUGUUUUGGUCGAUUAAAAAACCUACAAAAAUUGUGAAAUACACAAUCAAAACAAAACUGAUAUUAGCAGAACCACUACCUGGAUUAGAUUUUGGAGUAAAUAUAACUGUGAAUCAUAACAUGUCUGUGCAAGUUGUAGAAAGAGUAAUGGCUGAAAUUGGUGCAUGGCAUAAAAGCAUUGAAAAUAAUACCAGCAAAGCUGUAUUAAUGCGAAGUAAAAUCGACAAGUCACCAUUGAAAUUUGGUAGCAAUGUGACAUUGGAAGAUUUAGCAGUCAAACAUGUUGUUGAAUAUUUGCUAGAUAAUGUUUGUAAGCAAGAACAACAAGACGAAGAAGAGCCUCAAAAUACAGCUGAUCUUUUACCUCCUGAAGUGAAAGAUGCUAUCUUUGAAGACCUUAACCAUGAUCUGUUAGAUGGUAUAUCAAUGCAAGAUAUCUUUCCUAAAUUGAUGUCUUAUGAAGAUCUUGUAAACAUGGAUUUAAAAAGUGAAUUCUAUGGCGCUAUGAGUCAAUCUGAUGAUAAGUCAGAUUCAAAAUCAACAGAUUUUAUUGACGAAUUACUAAAUGGAAGUAAAGAAUUUAAAAGAACUAAAUCAGAUAUGAUUCUUCAAAACCACAAUCUAAAAUCGCUAACAACGGGGCGUAGUCAACAAAGAUCAUCAAGCUUAACAUGGAAUAAUAAAUUUGAUACAAGUUUGCUGACUUCUACCAUUAAGAGAUGUAAAAUGGGAAAAUCCUCUACUGUCACUGGAAAAAUGAGUCCCGUCCAAAAGAAUUCAGUGAUGGAAAAUUCGUUGGACACUAACAAAGAAGCGGAAAGUAGUACCGAUGAUAAAAAAGUUAAACAGCAGACAAGUACAUCUGCGGCAUUGUGUGAUGAAACACCUCAAACUUCUGGAAUAAACUAUCGCACUACAUCGCCGAAACAGAAAGAUGACGACACAUCCAAUAAGAGUGAUAAAAAUGAUGGGUUUUUCCCUGAUGUUAUAGACUUUUAUACAAAGAUACAAUGCAGUCCUAUAUCUCAAUUAGAUGGUGCUGCUGAUUGGUCAGGUUCAGAAAGUAGCUGUAGCUCAAGGCCAGGCAGCCCUAAUGAAGAGUUUACUCCUAUCCAACAACUAGAUGGAGCAGAAGACCACUUGGGUGACAACACGCAAAAACAUCAGACAAAUCAAUUUGUUUACAGAGCAAGUGGUUCAGAGAGCACUUACACAGUAACCAUUGCUGGCAACUCAUUGAGUGGGCAGCCAGAAUUAGUAAUGCGCCCUUUGGAUGACAACUCAACUUCUGGUCAAAUUGAACCACUAGUGAGGUGUGACAGAUGUCAAUGUACAUAUAGAAACAAGGAAUCAUAUGAUAGACACGUUCCCACUUGUGACAUGAUGUCCACGAGUGAAAGCGAGAGUGAAAAUCCUAAAUCACCUGAAAACAGAACUUUAACCACACUACAAAAUGCUUUCCAGAGUGGUUUUGCACAACCGAUGAUUUUUCAUGGCGGAGUUGUAAACAAUGAGAACAAUCUUAAGGCCGAUUCGAUUGCCACCAGGCGUACGUCAGUUAACACAAGGCAAAUAACAAUUAACGGCACGAUUGUGGAGACACCUUCACCUGGACCAUCUAAUGAAAUGUCCAUGACAGUAACAGAACAAAUGAAGUCGGGAACUGUAAUAUUCGAUCAGAACAAGUCAACAAAUGUUCAUGUAUCAUCUAAUCAACAUGUAUUGUCAUCGCCGCAAAUUGUUGUUACUCCACAAAUGCUACUUCCUCCCAAAACUAGUUCAGCAAGUGGCCAAAAAAUUAUGGCACCCCAAAUAAUAACUCAACCGGGCAUUCUACCCUACAAUAUUUGUGUUAAGCCUGGAAAUGCUAAUAUACAGCAAAUACAAAGUGGUGCAGAUAUGACUCAAUUAUUAUCGGGGUCAGGAGGUAUUCAAGUGAUAUCAUCAAAUUCAAACCAGGUUUUGACGAUUCCUUCAAACCACGGAAAUAUAACAUCAAUGAUGCAUGGAAAAAAUAAUUUCCCCAAUAUGGCUAGUGCCUCAUCCAUCGCGCUACCUAUGAAUUCUAUUCAGAGCAUGCCUAAUACUUCCAUUAUACAAAAUAUUCAACCAAUGAUAAGGUCUCAAAUUCAGGGCAAUCCUACUAUAGUAGUCCCAGGGAUGACAAGUCAACGUUUGCAAUCGCCGAGCUCGCAAGGAAAACAAAUCCUUAUAUCAGGAGCUCCACAAAAGUCACCAAAAAAGCAACCAACUCCAGUUCAGCCAAAGCCAAUCUAUCAAGCCCCUAGCAGAGGUAGAGGGAGAACAUUACCUAAACCAGCAAAUACUAUAAAGAGAACAAAGUUAGAGAAAACUUUUACUACUAUAAAUCAAUCUCCUCUUGGGCCCGGAAAUACUGUUAUUCAAUUGCAAACUAAUAAUCAAACCGGUCAACCAUCAAUAAUAGUACAGCCUGUUGCCAAUCAAAAUAUAAUGUCGUAUGUAGAGGCGUUAUCUCAGCAACAAAAUCAAAAUAUGCAAUACAUAGCCACCAUAACACCUCAGGGAGACUUUAAAACUGGACCAACUCAGUUUAUUUCCCAAGGUGGUCUAAUGCCACAGACAUUUCAAAUACAGCAAACAGAAUCUGGUAGCCUUGUUGCUGUGCCUAGUGGAGGCAUCCCUGUAUUACUACCUCAAGGCAAUGUUGUUUUACCACAAACAAUUCAACAAGGUGCAACUAUAUUGCCACAAGGAGCAAUACAAACGCAAGGUAUUAUUUCUCAAGGUCCGAGUGGUCAUACAAUCUUACCACAAGCAAUACAUACUCAGAAUGGAACAACAAUAAUACCUCAAAGUACACUGCAAGGCUUGACAUCAGGAAAUUUAACAUCUCAGACAGCGACUCUACUUCCCAAUAAUACUUUACAUACUACUGGUGCUACAGUUGUGUCGCAAAGUGGUAUGGGGAAUGGACAAACUACAAUUAUUCCCAAUGCAUUAUCAUCUCAAGGAAAUACUAUCAUCACCCCUGCUACUGGAACAACCAUUUUGCCACAAGGCACACUUUUACCACAAUUUUGUAAUGAUCAGGUUAUCCUUGGAUCAACACCAACCCUGGAAAUGGUUACAGAUUCCUCCGGGUGUAUGUAUUUAACAACACAGCCCGUAUAUUAUGGACUUGAAACAAUUGUUCAAAAUACUGUUAUGUCAUCACAACAAUUUGUUUCUACUGCCAUGCAGGGAGUACUUGCUCAAAACAGCAGCUUCUCAGCAACAACGACUCAAGUAUUCCAAGCCAGUAAAAUAGAACCCAUUGUAGAAGUGCCGACCGGAUAUGUCGUCGUCAAUAGUGUAGGGGAUGGGGUGACCAAUCAAGUCACUUCAUCAGCUCCUAAUAUUGUUGGACAAUCAAACGCCCAAGUACUGAAAAAUGUGAAGACAAGUGUACCUAAUUUGACGCUACAACCACUUCCUGACAAGCAAGCAAAUAACCGCCAAACACCCAAGAUUGUCCAAAUGGGCCCAGCACCAAUUCCAGUGGGGUCUCAAGCUAUCAUCGGAGGAAAGCAUACUAUUAACCCUAUUACAUCCCAGGUUCAUAAUAUGACAUUGGCAAAUUCAUCUCAAGGUAACCAGAAAAACAUUUUAACCAAACACAAUGUAUCAAUGUCCCCGAAUGUUACGUUGGUAUCUUCGACUGGUCAACCAGUAAUGGCAAUAUCUCAGUCUAUUCCCAAUUCAGUGUCAUUUUCAAUGCAGACUAUACCUCUAUCACAGCCAAUAGUUGCAAGUUCAAUUUCAACAUCAAACAAGAACAAUCCAAUGAAGAUUGAAAAUUCCCAUGUUAUUGAAAUCAGUGGAAACCUCAAUGACAACUCAAACUGCAAUAAUAUGCCUACCAUCAGUGUUACUCCAACUACCAAGAUGCCAACACCUUGGAGACAAAUUAAUUCCCAAAACGCUAAUGUUGGUGACAAUAAGUUUGAGGUGCAUAAUAUUGGUUCCAAGUCUAACAUUUCGUCUAAUAAUAUGUCUAUGCAGAAUAAUAUGUUAUCUAAUCGCCAGCCUUCGCAUAUUGAUGUAGAUAAAUCGAACCAGAAUUGUGUAAUCUCCAUUAAUGACAAUGGUGGUUCCAACUCUCUUCAUUCCCAAUUCGAUUCAACACCACAUAGCAGCCACCAUUCAAUUAAUACUUCGAACAACAUGAUCCAAAUAUCAUCUGGGAAUAUUUAUUCACCAGCUUGUUCACUUUCUAACAAUUUUGAUGCGGAUACAACACUUAAAUUAAGCAAGAUUAAUGCACUCUCUAAAACAGAAGGUGGACAUAUGAAUUUUUCACAAGAAAUUAUGGCUGCUCAUUCACACCAGCAUCUUCAAAAUGAUAAAAUGUUCCAAAAUAUGGGAACUAAUGAAAAUAAACACAAUACAGAUAAUAUGAUUGGAUCUAUGAGUGUACACAAACUCAGCAGUUGUCAAAUAAAUAAUAAUAAUAAUAAUAAUAUGAACACAUCCUCCCCAUCAAUAAGUAUAAUUCCUCAUAAUAGCAACACACGACCACAGAUGCAAAACAAUCAAAAUUCUUUAACUAUAACAAAUAACCAGAACCAGAUGUGCUCCAUUUCAAGUGGAUCUGCACAAGGACAAAUGCAAAUUUUAAAUUCUGUUAAUACAUCUAUGCAGAAUGUUAAUAUGGCAUGCCAAGAAAUGGGUAACAGCAGAUGUAAUGUUUCCAAUGAUACAAAUAAUUUACAACAGAGCAAUCAGCAGCAACAUGAUUUAAUGAACAUGAAUCAUGGAGGGAUGCAAAUAAUCUCACAUGAUAAUAGCCAAAUAUCUAUGCCAAAUCAGAUUCAUAUUCAUAAUGGGCAAAUACAGCAUAAUCGUCAAUUAGAGAAUAACAAUCAAUUACAACAACAAAAUCAGGGAACAAAUAGAUCAUAUCAUGAAAAUUUGAUGAAUAGUCAAGCGAAUCAGCAUCAGAAUAUGUCGAACCGUAAUACACCUGAUCUUGGAAAUCUUAACCAGAACAUUAAUAUGCACAGUGUUACGAACACCCACAAUAUGAGUCGGUCUGAUAUGACGAACUUAAAUCAUAUGCAUAUGAACCAAUCGUUGACAAAUAUGAAUAACAUGCAAAAUAACAGAAUAAUGAUAGAUAAUAUGCAACAACACAAUAUGAAUAAUAUGAAUCACCAAGCUCAUUCAAACAGGUCAAUGGAACUACACAAUCAGCAAUUACAUUCUAUGCAACAAUUAAAUCAUCACAAUAUGAAUAACAAUAGUCGCUCGCAGUUAGAUAGUAGCAUGCACAUGAACCAACAAAUGUCAGCACAACAAAACAGGAAUAUGGAUAACUCAGUGCACCACCAUCAAAUGCCUACUGUGAUGCAAAUGCAAGGUAAUCGGAGUCAUAUUGAGAGUAAUUUGAUGGACAUGCAUCAACAUACUUCCAACCAAAUGCACAGAGGAUCGCAUAUGGAUACAAAUUUACACAUGCACCAUAUGCAAGGAAGUAAUACCAGCAUGAAUCAUGGGAACCAAAUAGAAAACAGUAAUUCUCUGUCAAAUAUGCACUCUAUUCGGCAUGACAAUUCUAUGGGCUUGCAAAAUCACACAUCCUUGAAUCAAAUGCAGAGUAAUAGACCACCAAUGGAUCAUUCAAGUAUGAUGCAACAUCAAAUGAAUAAUAUGAACUCUGUAAAUACCAUCAAUAUGCAAAGCAAUGGCAACAGUAACAUGCAAAUAAAUAAUUCUAACCAUCAACAGAUGACUAAUCCAAUUAUGCAUAUGCCUAACAUACCUGAUAUCAAGAAUGAACUACAAAAUAGUUGUAGUGGCCCAUGUUCUAACAACAGCUCACAAUAUUCAGGCAAUCAGUCAUUUGAAUUAUGUGGAAACAUGAACUCGAUAAGUAAUAACAUGGGAAUGAAUAAUAGUGGCAACAUGAUGCACAAUAUGAACAGUACAAAUACAAUGAUGAUGAACAAUGUUAAUAAUAGUAUGUAUGGGCCAAACAAUCAAGCUAAUCUUUCUGCACAUGACAUGUUAAUGAACUGUAAUUCAUCAUCAGAUCAUGCUAUUAAUAGUCUUAUGGCGCAUAAUUCUAAUCACAAUAUGAUGAUGAAUAAUCAACCAGCCUUAGGGAAUAAUACGAGUCAGAUGAUGAACAAUCAAAUGUGUAACAAUAACCAAAUAAACAUAAAUAGCUGUAGCAUGACCAAUAAUAAUGUCAACCAAAAUCAAAUACAUGGUGUAGAAAAUCAAACAAACUCUCGAAAUACCAUGUCGAUAAACGAGGCGCCUAAAUUUACUGGGGAACCUAUUAGAGGGAAAAAUAUAAUGUCUUCUGGUAAUGGUAAUAUGAAUGUUACAAAUUUACCAAACAAUGAUUGUAGUAAAGCUAACAUUAUUGGUUCCAAUGACAAACAAAAUCAGAAUAUAUCCGUAAGUAAUCAAAUUAAUUAUAUGCAAAUGAAUCCACCUAAUUCUAAUAGAAUUAUCAAUUUACCGGAAAGGAACAGACUUAACAAUACAAUAGACGGAAAUAUAAAUCAACAAGUUCAACAGCAUAAUAUCAGGGUUGUAAAUAAUAACACUGCAAACAACGUUCCCAAUAUAACACCGGAACCCUUAACAUUCCAACCAAAAAGUGAAAAUACAAUGAUUAACGUACCGUUCCAAGCAAUUCCAAACAGCGCUCCGAUGAACAUUAACGUUAAUUCAAGUAAUAAUACGGUUAAUAUUACAGUUCAAAAUAAUUUAGUGGACCCGAAAAUUGCAACAAAGGCCUCAGCUGAGAUAAACUUUCCGAUUCAGACGAACAAUAAUAAUUUGUUGCAAAAUCAAAGCAAUUCUAGUAAUAUGAUUUGUAUUCCCGUGCAGAACAGCACAAUAAACUUGCCUUCUCAGAACAGUACAAGUAUAACCUUACCAAAAGCCCCUCCUACCCAGCAGUCAGGAAUCCCAACAAACGUUGUAAAUCCCAUGUCAAUGAGACCAAUGAAUCGGGUACUACCUUUGCAUAGAGAUGGACAGAGUAAGUCGAGGACUGUGACUAUAAAAACAUGUGUAGCUCGGCAGAGACCUGUGAGCAAUGAUAUGCCGGAUUUGAAUGUUAAGGAUGAAGGUAUAGACAGUGAUUUGGAAAAAGCAAUUGAAGAAUCUAAACGCGUAAUGGAACUGGAGAAGGCUAGAAGGGAGAGAGAAGAAAUAGAUGCUGCUCGUGCGGUUCAACUAUCCAUUGAAACACCUCAAGCAAAUACAACUUCACCAUCAAUAGAAUCAUCAUCAAGUGGAAGUGUGGCCGCCACAGAAAUUGUACCAAAAAUGACAUCAUUGCCUAGUUUAGAUACUGACUCGGAAGUAGAACCACCGAAAAUUUUAACCGUGGUAGACGUAAAUAAACCAUCACUGCUGAGUAAUAAAACAUCGAACUCUCAAGCAAAAGUAAUGAAACGGCCUUUCAACGAUAAUAAAUCUGAAAGUGACGCGACCGUUACGAAGAAGCAAACAAAAGUACUGAAGGGUCAAGAAAAUAAACUAAAGAAUACAGACCCUCCAAAAGAUGACGGACCUAAAUUGAUUUAUGAAGUGACUUCCGAAGAUGGAUUUAAUUAUUCUUCGCCAUCUCUUACUGACUUGUGGGCCAAAGUUAUAGAAACUGUGCAAAAUGCGAGGAAAGAAUCUGGAUUGCCGCUAAUGCAAUAUAAUUUACCAUCUACACUGUCUGGGGCACAUCUCCUAGGACUUAACAACAAUGCUCUUAGAUAUCUAAUAGAACAAUUGCCAGGCGCUAAUCGAUGCACAAAAUAUAAGAUACGUCAUGGUCGGCCGCUAAACAGCUGGGACAACGAUUUGGAUCUAAGUGAAGGGUUCAAGGAAAGCCCUUGGGGCUGUGCACGCUCCGGUCCGGUUGUUCGGAAAAAUAAUCAUGACAUGUUCAGUUGGAUGGCGUCACCAUUCAGAGAAGAGCCUCCACCAUUUGGCGGGCAGGAAGGAGAGGGCUCUAUAUCAAGAUUUAGUUAUUUCAGACGCUUGGCAACACUGCCACCUGCAAUGAGGUUCAGGCAACUGAAGGAAACAUCGAAGGCUUCUGUGGGCGUGUACAGAUCACAUAUACAUGGGCGUGGACUAUUCUGCAAACGGGACAUUGAAGAAGGCGACAUGGUGAUUGAGUACGCGGGGGAGGUGAUUCGUGCCGUUCUGGCCGACCAGCGAGAGAAGCGGUACGAGGCCACGAGUGGGCGACGCGGCGUGGGUGGCUGUUACAUGUUCCGUAUCGACGACAAUCUCGUGGUGGACGCAACGCUCAAAGGAAACGCCGCCCGAUUCAUCAACCACUCGUGCGAUCCCAACUGCUACUCUCGAGUUGUGGACAUACAUGGCCACAAGCACAUACUGAUAUUCGCGUUGCGUCGCAUCACGACCGGCGAGGAGCUGACCUACGAUUACAAGUUUCCUUUCGAAGAGGUAAAGAUACCGUGCACGUGUGGCGCGAAGAAGUGUCGCAAAUACCUCAACUGAAACAUUAUGUGAGUGGUUUAUAGCGAUACAAUAAAUAUUCUCUUAAUAAAAGAAAAGAAUACUAUCCAUUUUAACAGUGACCUGAGCUGAAACUGAACCAGCUAAUGACGUCUUGAGCGUGACAUCAAUGUGGCACUUACCUGGAGUUACUAUGAAGAACAAAAUAAUGAACGAUAUGUACAUAAGUUCUCAAGGCAAAUUUGGUCAUAGUACUAGAUAUAAUGUCUUAAUUAUUUAGGCUGUUAGAAUAUUUUAUAUUUUUGAACAUUUAAGAUCACGUUUCUCUAGUAGCAUAAUAUAUAUAAGUACAUUCAGGUUUAGGCUUUUAUUAUGUAACAUUUAAAAAUUUAUUGAAUAAUUUAAAAGAUUGCAGAACGGUUGAUCUGCAAAGCUGAGGCAUAAAAGCUUUGAUUAAAAGUUGAACUAGAUUUCCUAGAUUCUAAUGGACCAAAAAUGAGUUUAGUUAAUUUGCCAUAGAUUCCUAAUCACUGUGGUAUUUUAUUAUAACUAGAAUGAAUUUGUCCGAUACAGUAGAGAUUGUGAUAUGGUGUCGCUACAAUCAGUUAUCUAGUACAGUUGUUGAUUGAAGCUUGUUGGAUUAGUUGGGUAUGUCAAAUGCUGGGUUUUGAGCACAAAAAAUGCAUGUACAUAAUAAUUUUGUGACAAUAAGUCUAAAUCACAUAUCCUUUCCCACCUUACUUUGUUUGUUUCAGUGCCAGUGCAAUUUGACUCAUAAUGAAUCUUGUUAUGAUCUCUAUUAAGAAUCUACCCAGUGUUUAAAUGUUGGAUUGUACAUUUAGAUGUAAGCUAAUUAAUUGUAAUGUGAUAAGUUUUUGUGUAAAUACAAACUGGAUUAUUUGUUUGAUUAAUUAUUGUGAUAUGUGGUCGUGCUACGGUGACAGUUUCAGUAGAAAUAAUAUUUGUUCCUCAUUCGUUCUAUUCUCUUUGUUUUGUGAUCAGUAAUGUCUCGACUAGUUGCUGUACAUAUUAGGUAACAAGUAGCUAUUAUGGAGCCGGUACAUUGAAAUUAACGGUUUGCAAUUUUACAAGUACAACAUUACUGUCUAGUAAUUUUUUUAUGUAUUGUAUAGAGAGAAAUGUAUAUAAGAUGAAUUAUUUGUCAUAAUAACUUGGUUAGGCGACAAAUCGUUUUAUUGUAGUCAUACUUUUAGUGAGUACAUCGUUUUAUGUAGUGUAUAUAAUAAUAAGUUAUUGAAUAGGUGUGGUCGCCGAAGUUGUUUAUGAGUGUUGUAUGAUCUUCGUUCGAUGUCUUUACGUGACAAAAUGCACAUUAAAUUAGCUUUAAUACUUUCAGCACAGCUUGGGUUCUAACCUAUUUGUUUUAUGAGUUCGCGUGUUUUUAAAAUGGAACACAAUUAGUCAGAAUGCAACAUCACAUUGUCAUCACAAUAAUUAUUGAAAGUAGGCACCUAAGGUGUUUGUUUGGCCGCGACCGUCAAACAGUAUUAAAGUUGUGUAUAUCAUACAAAUCAUAAUAAUAUUGUGUUUAUUUGCUAUUUAAAUGAAUCAUGUAUUUUAUAUGAAAGUAUGGCAACACUGUUCUUUAUUUCAACAUUUACAUAUUGAUUGCUUUGCAUUUAUUUAAUUAUGAUUUAAAAUUGGAUAUAAAAUUAUGAUAAAAAAAAAAUUCAAUCCAAAGAUAGAAAUGGUUUUAAGACAAUGAAAAAUCAUACAUAUUUUAUACUUACGUAUUAAAGUUGUUAAUAACAUCACAAAUUCACAAAAUAGAAACUAUUAGAUAAAGCUUAAGUAGUAUCUACCCAAUAAAACUAUUUCGUUAAAAAUAUAUGACUAAAAAUAUCAACAGUUAGUCACAUUAAGCAGUAAUUAAUAUGUGGAAUUUUACUUUAUGACCAUACAUUUGUAUGAUAGAAACAAAAGAGUAUUAAAAUAGUGCUGGAAUGUAAAUAUUAUUGUCUUGAAUGUAGAUAUUUCCAUCUUCUGCCUAAACAAUGUUCUGAGGUCGUCAAAUAAUUUGAAGUAAGCAGACUAUUUUCAAUGUUCACAUUAUAAGCUUUGGAUAUAACAAUGGAUUGUAAUUAAUAUGAUUAUUAAAAAAUAUUUGUUAAGAUUGUGACAUGGUUUCGAAGUUUUCAUGUAAAUAUUUCGAUAAAAAUAAAUAGUCUUACCACAGAUAUACUUAGUUUGACAGAAAGAUUAUUAAAUUCGUUUGUAAUGUUAUUGUGAUACUCAACAGUUUCCCUGCGCUUGACUACAGCUGUCCGCCCCGUACCAUAAAACAUCCAUCAUGGAUACUGCGACAGCGGCAGUGACCCGAAAUAUUUAAUAAUACUUUUUAACUCUAGCCCAACUUUAACAGUUGAUAAUUUAUUACGUUAUGCCUUGCGUUAUUUUGUAUUCUGUUGUAACAGAUGAUGAUCUGUAGAUGAUAAUAAUAAUUGACAGAGAUGAUCUAGCAUCGAACUAGGUAUAGUUUGUACUAUGGUUGCAAGGCAAUGAAAUAUUUAAUACAAUAUACAUAAGUAAGUACAUAUCCUUGACUCAGAAACAAAAAUUCCAAUUCAUCACAAAAGGCAUGUACCGGGAUUUUAAUCAAAUCAUUAUCAUCUGCUAUAUGUAUCACUGAAACAAUCUAUACCAAAAUCAGAUGAAUCAAUAAAUUCAGUAAGUCAACUUUACAAUCAAAGCCAUAAGUAUUUUUAUGGCGAUUUUUUUUUUUUGAGUAAAAAACAGAACAAUUAUAUAAAAUCUAGGUACAAAUAAGUGGCUUAUAAUAUGUAAUCCUAAAACAAUUGUUCCUUAAAAAUUUCUCACUAAGACUAUAUAUAUAUAUAUAUAUAAAUAUAGAUAAUUCAAAUUAACUAUUAAACUAACAAAUAAACCGUUGAAUAACCAAAGAUUAUAAUGUGCUCCGCUCGUGUCAUACGUGAGAACAUAUUUCCAUCCAUUUUAUAAUUAUGUAUUAAUAAUAAGUAAAGGUUUUGACUCUGUACGUACUAUAUUAAAUUUGACCACCUCAGAACCGUAGCGGAUGAUUAUUCAAUGGAAACAAACCAUUGGGAUAUCAAUUAAAAGAAAUCUUGUAUUUAUUAUCAUAUUGACAAAAAUAAUGAAUUGUAUAAAAUGAGAAUAUAAAUUCUUAGAUCAUUUAUUAAGCGCCUAGAUAUACUGCGGCCGCUGUGAAAACGUUGGAAAAAAAUAGAGGUUAACUGUUAACCUCUAUUUUGAGCGAUGCACUCACACUAACACAAAGUGUCAUACAAAUCGCGCGUGUGAUUAAUAACUUGUCACGCACACUAAAGUAAUAAAUCUGGACUGUUUUCGUUGUUUGUCUAACAGCAAGAGGCAAUUUCUAGACGUAUUAAUACAUGAUUUAUAUAUUGAAUUCGUAUAGUCGCUGCUAUAAAACGGAACACUUAAUUUUGACCAUGUAAUUAAAACUUAUGACCUUACCUCUGAAUUGAGUGACAAUAUAUUUUCGUCUGCAAGUAUAUUCCAUUGAUUAAUCAUCCCCGCAUCUAAUUAUUAUUGUAUUUGAACUAUAUGUUCCGUUCCGGGUACGCCGACUGCCGUUACGAAAUGACGUCAUAGCUACAGGUACGGUUGACAAAAAAGGAUAUUAUUCAUAAAUAUGAGUGAAACUCUAUUUGAUUUGAUUAUAAUAUAUAAACAAUUUUUUGGACAAUGGAACAAUUUUUUUCACUUCUGGGAUUAAUUGUACAAAUUAAAUUUGUAACCAAUGCUUAUGAACGAUGCGGGACUCGAACUCGCGACCUCUCGGGUUCCGUCCGAGCGCUCUUACUAACUGAGCAAACUGUUGGAGUGACGUUUCGUCGUAAAUCUUGGCAUGUCUUUUAUUAUCGGCAGCCACAACCUGAGAGUUGAACAAAAGACAUCAAGAUUUACGAUCCAUGCGUCACUCGAACGGGAUUAGCUUUAUAAGUUUUGUUUACGAAAAUAAAUUUGUAUAAUAUAUUAAAUAUAUUAUAACGAAUUGUGGUUUAAAAUUAAUAUCGUCGGCACUUGGCGUCACUCUUGGAACGUACGUACUAACCAAUAAUAUAUCCAACAGCUAGUCUCUUAUAGAGUUUGAAUUAAUUUUGAACGUAGCCAUAUUAUAUUGUUGUUCUAUAAUUACAAAUCAAACUUCAUUACAUUUUAUACAUGGUUUAGUAUGAUACAUCGAUUUAUGGAUAAUAAUAAUAUUAGAAGUACAUAUUUUAAUGUUGUAGCUACAUAAUUAUUUUGAUAAAUCAUUUUUCCUCUUGGAUAUCGCGGAUUUAAUUCACUCGUAUAGGUUUUAUUAUUAUUUACAAUAUUGGUCGACCGAAUAGCGGUGUUGUGAUUUUGUGAUCGUUUAUAAUUAUGAUUUUGAAAAUGAAUUUUAAAGUUGCUGAAUGCUGAGGAUAUUAAAUGCCGGAGGUACUUUUUAUUGGAUUCAUAAAAAUAUUGAGUUCUAUUUGUAUAUCUAAGUCCAAAUCACACCCGGCCUAGUAAAGUUCAUACAGAAAUCAUAUAGCAACUUGUAAAAUACCUUCUUCACUUUAAGUGAUUAUUUUUUUAUCAUCUACCCUCGAUAUUAUGAUUUCCUUGCGUUUUAAUGAUGUGACUUUAUUUUUUAUGUAUAAACACAUGCCAUUUUGCCUAAUUGUUAUUAUAAAUUAUAUUAUUGCUUUAAAAGCACCAAUUUUACAAUGCAUAGAGUUCUAUGACCUGUCUAUACAUUUUAUUACUUUAUUUAUUUCUAUUAUUUUGUAUUGUGGUAAAUUUUACCAAAAAUAAAAUUACUAAAAUGUGCUUUAUAA